UCCGGCCGCAGGGUCCGCGCCUGCAGUUAGGGGGCGGAGAGGGGCCGGCGAGAAUCCGCCUGCUGGGGUCUCGAGCCACCGCAGAGACGUCUCCAUCACCACCGUCCUCCGCGACCCUCACCUUCCCCCUCCCCCACGGGCAGGUUUUGUUCUAUUUCGAGGCCCUGGCGGCUCGCGGAGGGUUCUGGGACUCGUUUCGGACGGAGGUGGGGAGAAGGCGGGCCUUGCGCGAGGGCUGCUGGGCCUUGUAGUCGCGUCGGUCGCGGGCGGAAGUGCCGUGGCUCUGCCCUUGUCACCGGUUGGCCUGCGGUCUAACGAACUCCCGGCUGUGAAUGCUGGAAGUGAGGCUGGAGGAUGCGAGGGCAGGACGGGAAACACAGCGGGUCUCUGCAGGAGUGAGAUGGGGAGGUCACUCGGGACGAGGCACCUUGUCCAAACACUUUGGGACCGCGGGCCUGCUCUCCCGACACUCCCCUUCACGUCCUAUGAGCGGUGUAUGGUAUAACAUACGAGUAAGAAAUGACUUACAUAGGAAUGCCUGAACCGUUAAUAAGGUAGGGUCCUAGAAAAGGAAAUAAUGAAUAUAUUGGCUAAGCCCUCCUUCUAAGACCACCAUGUUUCUUUUUUUUAAUUGAAGCUAUGUGUAUUUCCAAUAUAUAUGAUAAGAUCUUACAGUAAAUUUUUUUUCAAAUUUCGAGCCCUGAAUACAUACAUAGAGUUGCUGCAUGACUCUUUCCUAGCAUACAGUGGCACAGGCGUGACUGUGCAAAUACUAAGGAAAGGAUCAAAAAUAGCAGAGUUUUCAAAAGGUAGUAACAUGGAAAACUGAGCCAUCCAAUAUAAGGACAAGAUUCUGGGCUACUGCAAGAAGUUAAGAAGGUGAUUAUGAAGGAGUGCCUGUGAAGAAUAAAGGUAUCUUCCUGAGGCUUAUAUUCUGCCUUGAUUAUCUUUUCUUGAAGUAUUAUAAAUCAAGAUGUCUGCACAGUCAGUGGAAGAAGAUUCAAUACUUAUCAUUCCAACUCCAGAUGAAGAGGAAAAAAUUCUGAGAGUGAAAUUGGAGGAGGAUCCUGAUGGUGAAGAGGGAUCAAGUAUCCCCUGGAACCAUCUCCCUGACCCAGAGGUUUUUCGACAGCGAUUCAGGCAGUUUGGAUACCAGGAUUCACCUGGACCCCGUGAAGCUGUGAGCCAGCUCCGAGAACUUUGCCGACUAUGGCUCAGGCCAGAGUCACACACAAAAGAACAAAUCUUGGAGUUGGUUGUGCUGGAGCAGUUUGUUGCCAUUUUACCUAAGGAACUACAGACAUGGGUUCGAGAGCAUCAUCCAGAAAAUGGCGAGGAGGCAGUGACUGUGCUGGAGGAUUUGGAGAGUGAACUCGAUGACCCUGGACAGUCGGUUUCUCUCCGUCGACGAAAACGAGAAGUACUUGUAGAGGAGAUAGUAUCUCAAGAGGCAGCUCAGGGAUUACCAAGUUCUGAGCUUGAUGCUGUGGAGAACCAACUCAAGUGGGCAUCCUGGGAGCUCCAUUCCCUAAGGCACUGUGAUGAUGAUGCUAGGACUGAAAAUGGGGCAAUAGCUCCAAAGCAGGAGAUUUCUUCGGCAGUAGAAUCUCAUGAAGUUCCUGGCACCCUGAAUAUAGGUGUUCCUCAGAUCUUUAAGUAUGGAGAAGCUUGUUACGCCAAAGGCAGGUUUGAAAGAAAAAGAAAUCCCUCUAGAAAAAAACAACAUAUAUGUGAUGAAUGUGGCAAACACUUCAGUCAGGGCUCAGCCCUUAUUCUUCAUCAAAGAAUCCACAGUGGGGAGAAACCUUAUGGAUGUGUUGAGUGUGGGAAAGCAUUCAGCAGAAGUUCCAUCCUUGUGCAGCACCAGAGAGUCCAUACUGGAGAAAAACCUUACAAAUGUCUCGAAUGUGGGAAAGCCUUUAGCCAGAAUUCUGGGCUUAUUAAUCAUCAGAGAAUCCAUACCGGGGAGAAACCGUAUGAAUGCGUUCAGUGUGGGAAAUCCUAUAGUCAAAGCUCAAAUCUUUUUAGACAUCAGAGGAGACACAAUGCAGAAAAACUUCUGAAUGUUGUAAAAGCACUGCUUAAAAGGCUUUACCAUGGAUUAACUCUUAAUCUUCAGCAACCACAUGAGGCAGGUGUGAGCCCGGAGGAGCGCUCGAUCUCCCAGGACGCAGCACGCCCCUCAAGACUUGACACCCUGCGUGGCUCGCUCGCCAUAGAGCUGCAGUCCUCCGGGCUUCCUAGAGGGGAGGGACCUCACUUCCGGCGCGCGUGCGACGCGAGGCUCUCCUGCUCCGGCUUUGGGGACUGUGCCGGCAGCUGUCGGAGCCCAGGGGGAGUGGGGCGGUCCGGCAGCGCCGCCCUGGGUGCUCCCGAAACCGCCCCUGAACGGCCGCAGCCCUCCCAGCUGCCCUUCCUCCGCUCCCUCAACGCCACCGGCAGAGCCUGUGCGUCUACCAAGGGGUCCCGCCUCUCCGGGGCGCCACAUAUCAGUCUUUCGGUCCAUCCUUUCAUCCGUUUGUCGGUCCGCCCAUUCGCUUACUGGUCUACCGGCCCUUCAAAUUCAAAAGGAAUCUCUGAAACACAAAUCUCCAUCUCCUCCUUGCCUCAACUGGGCAGGCUUUUCAGACCGUCUCUGCCAAGAAUGUCAGGAGAAGUCACAGCCUUGGCCUACCACGAUCCAAAAGAACACGAAGGACUUAUCAUUAUGAAGGUUAAAGAAGAGAAUUAUGCUGUGGAGCAGAACUUUGGCUUUCGAGGUAACCCCUGGAACCAGGAGGUCUUCCGUCAGCAGUUCAGGCAGUUUGUUUACUCUGACUCUACUGGGCCCCGGGAGGCUCUGAACCAGCUCCGGGAACUUUGUCAUCGGUGGCUGAGGCCAGAGGUGCACUCGAAGGAACAGAUCCUGGAACUGCUGGUACUAGAACAGUUCCUGGUCAUCCUGCCUGAGGAGCUACAGGCUUGGGUGCAAGAGCAUCAGCCAGAGAAUGUAGAGGAGGCUGUGACUAUGCUGGAAGAACUAGAGAAAGAACUUGAUGAACCAAGGCAAAAGGACACAGCUCCUGGCCAAGAAGUGUUCUGGAAGGAAACAACAUCCUUGGGAGCACUAAGGUCUCUGGGUAGCCCACUGCAGCCCUUGGAGAACCAAUGCAAGAGAGAGAUUCAGGAGCCUCAGGCUUUCCAUGAAAGAGAUGGCAAGAUGGUGGCUGACAAAGUAUUGACAGCAAAACAAGAAGUUAUUGAAUGUGUAGCAUCAGCAACUGUAACAUCCCCAGGAAGAAUUCCUGGGGAAACUCAAUCAGAACAGACGGUUGAAGAAAAUUUGAGAAGUCCGGAGAACUCUGAGAAGCAAAAGAGAAAUGGUACAAGGAACAAAAUGAGUCAGAUAUCUUCCCAGGAAAGACAUUUCAGUCUGGCAACUUUUAACAACAAAAUCCCCACAGAAGAGAGUGUUCUUGAAUGUAAUGAAACUGAAGGAAGUCUCAGUCUGAACUCAAAUGAUAUUAUACAACAGAGAAUUCAUACUGGAGAAAAGCUCUAUGAGUGUCUUGAGUGUGGAAAAGCCUUUUGUCAUAGCUCAAAGCUGAUUAGACAUCAGAGAAUUCAUACUGGAGAGAGACUUUAUGCAUGCAAAGAAUGUGGCAAAUCCUUGAGUUUGAGCUCAGACCUUGUUAGGCAUCAGAGAAUUCACAGUGGUGAAAAACCUUAUGAGUGUUGUGAAUGUGGAAAAGCUUUCAGGGGCAGCUCAGAGCUCAUUAGGCAUCGGAGAAUUCACACUGGAGAAAAACCUUAUGAAUGUGAAUGUGGGAAAGCCUUCACUCGGAGUGAGGCCCUUAUGCAGCAUAAGAAAGUUCACACUGGAGAUAAAGGCUAUGAAUGUAUUGAAUGUGGUAAGGCUUUUGAUAGAAACUCUAUCCUUAUUGAACAUCAAAGAAUUCAUACUGGAGAGAAGCCGUAUAAAUGUACCGAAUGUGGAAAAUCCUUCAAUCAGAGCUCAGCCCUAACCCAACACAAGAGAAUCCAUACAGGGGAGAAGCCUUAUGAAUGCAGUGAAUGUAAGAAAACGUUUCGGCAUAGGUCAGGCCUUAUGCAGCAUCAGAGAACACACACCAGAGUUUAACUACAUGGAUAAAAGGUAUACAAUUGUGAAAUACAAGGACUUCACUUUUGGAGUGAGACUCUACAGAAAAAAGAAGUUUCCUGAGAGCAGGGUUUCUCUCCUUCUAGCCCAGUUCAGUACUGUAAGAGGAAAUCUACACAAAGGUGUUAUGCUUGUCAAAGUGUUGAAUGGAAGAAAAUGUUUACUCGGGAUUUCUCCAGAAAGAGAUACAUAUUUCCAAAAAUUCCUAACCCAUUUCUGGAUGAAAACUCUUAUCAAUACUCCCUUCACUAUACACAAAUCCAGAUAUAACUGCCAUUGGGUACUUUCACAGUAAGUCCAGGAUUGGGGCAGAGAUGAGCUCUGUAUGGGAUGGUGAAGAUCCCUGUCCAGCAAGAGCUUUUGUGGCAAGUGGAGGCAUGUUCUGAGAGUUAGUCAACUAUCUGAAAUGUUGAAUUAUGUCCUGGAUAAGUUUAAUAGUAUCUGAGGCAGUUUAAUAAUAUCUGAGGAGUGGUGGCUCAUUCUGCUCUCUUGCCAGUUCUCUCCUUCUCUUCCUGCAAAGGUCAGUUCAGGUCUACUUAUUAUUUAAGCACCUACUAAGUGCUAGCAGUUGGGAGCAGACAUAGUCAUUGCAUUCAAAGUUAAGGUCUAAUAGGAUUUAGUGACUGCUUAUAAUUUUAUGUUGCCUCUGCAUCCAUUUUUCUCACACUCUAAGCAGGGUUCAGUCACCCUUGACAGUUUCCAAUGCUGUCCUCUACCUGAAUGGCUCCUGCCAGUAUGCCAGUAGCCAGAGAGAUAAGUAGUUAAGAGUCCUCUCUCUCUCGCUUCUAUUUUUUUUUUU